UUAGUGGUUUCUCUUCCUGUCUCUGCAGAGGUUGAAGAACUUCAAAGAACAAUAGGUCCAGAAAAGUCAUGGAUCCUGGGAAUGAAAAAAGUUUGGUGUUUAAGAUCCUGUGGGCUCAUUUCGAGAAGGAAGUCGAUGUCGGGGAGUACAAGCGAGGAAGUAACGUCGGAAGUGCUGAUUGGGGAGGAAGAUACGUACGAUGGGGUGACAGUGAAGAUAGAGGAGCGUAUGGAGGUUGGGUUGUUUGCCUCCAGACUUAGAGCUUCCAUGUCCCGAUGGAAACAGCAGGGCAAGAAAGGAGUUUGGCUCAACAUUAAGCUCAAGUUUGCUGAGCUUGUUCCCGUUGCAGUGCAGGAAGGAUUUUGGUACCAUCAUGCAGAGCCAACCCAUCUGAUGCUCGUGAAUUGGCUCCUCAGCACCCCUCAUACUCUUCCUAUCUACGCCACACACAGACUUGGUGUUGGUGCUGUUGUCAUAAACAGCAAAAAAGAGGUGUUGGUGGUGCAAGAAAAGUCUGGCUAUUUCAGAGGUACUGGUGUAUGGAAGCUACCUACUGGGGUUGUUGAAGAGGGUGAGGAUGUGUAUAACGCGGCUAAAAGAGAAGUGAAGGAGGAAACCGGGGUUGAAGUUGAAUUCGUCGAAAUCAUUGGGUUCAGGGAAAGUCACAAAGCACACUUCAACAAGAUAUCAGAUAUGUUCUUCAUAUGUGUUUUGGAGCCGAAGUCGUUGGUUAUUGCAAAGCAAGACUCAGAAAUUUUAGAUGCGCAGUGGAUGCCUGUUGAGGAAUACGCUGCACAACCAUUUGUCCAGAAGCGUGAGUCAAUGAAGAAGAUUGCCGAUCUGAUCCUGUCAAAGACGAGCAAAAACUACACCGGAUUUGCUCGUAUGGGUGUUCACUCCAGCACCUCUGUUCAUUCCUUGUACCUAAACAACAGGGAACUAAUGAAUUAGAACACAAUUCUUCAUUUAGUGGUUGUCUGUAGUGUUCCUUUGUGAUGUUAUUGUUUAUAUUUAUUGUCUGUAACUAAGUGAAGGUAUUCACAGUGUUGACAAUGAGACAGAUGUUUAGGAAUACUGGCUGUUACUCUUCCCAUGUAAAGAAAAAUAUUGUGGGCAAUAAGCAAGGAAAGGGAAA